CUGCACUACCGCACCAUGAGCCUUAGCACUCGUCACCGCGGCGAAGGUUUGCGUUUUCGCCCAACGACAGCGCGUCAGUAGGUCUUCAUAGCCUUUUCAUAUCUCUUCAUCUCACCCUCGCCCAUUUCUUUUUGCCUUAUACACGUAGCAUAUCACCUCUUGUGUGAGCCAAUUCACGCCUCGCCCACGAUAGUCCUUGAGGAAGGCUACGACGCGGCUUUCUGAACAGCAGUGGAGUGUUAUACCAUACCCCCGACGCAGACGUAAGCCACCGCAGAGAUGUUCGGCUUCUCGUACUGGUUCCUGCCGCUCUUCGCAGGCUGCGUAUGGCUAGGGACACUCCUCGCCAUGCUGGGCGCCUGGGAGGCCAUGGGUCGCCCUCAUUAUAGCGAAAUGGCAUCAAACCAGCCCACAGCAUAUAUCUCAGACAUCGGCGCCACGCGAUGGGGCAAGCCUCUGUUUAUCGCCGGCAGCGCAGUGAUGGUUGUCAUCUUCGACGUUACUUUCAUCUCAGAACGAUGGCUACGACAUAAGGGUCGCUUGCAGAGCAAUUACGGGAGGGGCGAGAAGAUUCUCAGCGUGUUCGCGAUCAUCUUUGCGGUCGUAGGUGCCGCAGGGUUGAUACUGCUCACCAUUUUCGACACGAAGCGCCACCCUGAGGUGCACGAUGCUAUGCUAAUCGUAUUCAUUGCUGGAUACGUUAUCUCCGCCAUUUUCAUCUGCGCAGAAUACCAGCGCCUCGGCGUGCAUUACCGGGAAUCUGCAAUCCUCCGCACCUCAUUUUGGAUCAAGCUCGGCUUCAUCAUUGUCGAGGUUGCGCUCGCGAUUGCAUUCGGCGUUACCGAGUAUAAGACAAUGUACCAAUCAUCAGCCAUCCUCGAGUGGGUAAUUGCGCUGAUCUACAUCUUCUAUGUGUGGAGUUUCAUCAUCGAUUUCCUGCCAGCCGUCCACACAAGGCAUAAAGGCGACCGCUUCCCGCCCGUGCGAAGAAGCGACGACGAAAUGGCCAUGACCACCGAGGCCGCAGGCACAAUGACUGGUGGUCCCGUCUACACCAGUGGCGGCUAUGGUCACAAUGACCGGGAGAGCUACGGCAGCCAGCAGCCGGUAAUGCAGCAGAAUGGCGGUUACAAUAAUUAUGCGUCUCAGCAUGCGUCGAGGAACUUCUAGAUCCUCGUGGAGUGUGUUGAAUGAGCCUUGGUAAGCGUUGGCCAUAGAAGCAUGAGCGUUGGAGUUACGGAAUGGGAGGUGUUGCUGGUUCUGUACGAGUAGCCGAAGAUGGGUGACUAUACACCGGCCAGAUACUGUAAUGAUACCCAA